AUGGUGCUUCAUUGGAACCACGCUUCGAGUCCGAGACUGGAAGAUGACAAGACGCCCCUGAUACAGCGUGACAGUACCUCUGCGAUGGCCGCACCGAACAUGAUUACCAUCGAGACUCGACGCAUGAUACUUCGUGCCGCUGAGCAGGAGGAUGCCAUUGCGCUCCAUCAGAUCAUGAGCGAUGCAGAGACUAUGAGAUUCUGGAGCGAGCUGCCUCAUGCUGAUCUUGCACGCACAAAAGCCUGGGUAUCGUCAAUGUUACGAUCAACUCAGAACGGCGUAACAGACUUCAUGAUCUGCUUGAAGAGUGAUAUUGGUGGUGUCCUUACUAUUCCGGAACGUGCAAGACCACGCAUCAUUGGCAAGGUCGGCAUCUUUCGAGCUCGUCCUUCACACGAGAUCGGCUUCGUGUUGGAUCGCAGCUAUUGGGGCAAAGAUCUGGCGACAGAGGCAUUGACGACACUUUUGGCUUACCUAUUCAGCUUGAAAAAGGGCUACGUGGUCGACACCGCGCUGAAUACGACCGGCUUAGAUCCACACGUGAACCUGUCUGAUGAGGAGCUGCGAAGUCCCUGGAUGUACCCAGCGAUCACGGCGGAUACUGAGCCACGAAACGCAGCAAGCAUCGGUCUCCUAAAGAAGCUCGGCUUUGUGGAGACCGGGCGUGUUGAGAGGAGCUUCAGGCUGGGCGAUGAGUGGCAAGACACGCUGUACUUGCGCCUCACACGCGAGAAAUGGCUCGAUGAAGACAAGUAG